AGCUGGCGCACGUGGUUGAAGCGGAAAGGAAAGAAGAGGCGCGAUGGGGAAAAGGAAGGUGCGGACGCAAGCGGCGCCUGCUGCCACCGCCUCGCGGGAAGGGGCUGCUCCAAGGGGCAGGUGAGUGUUUAUCCCGCCGGUGAUGUUUCGGUGUGCGCGUUGUCCCGGGGGGGGGGGUGCUGGCAAACAACAGCCCUGUAAGGUAGGCCCGCGUGAUGCGCAUCACCCUCCUUAUCGCAGACGCGGAGUCGAGGAUUGAAAGGUUUUUAAGCGGCUUGCUUAAAAAGCGGGUCGAUGUCGGGUUUCGGUUGUACGCUUCGCGGUAGUGGGGUAAGCGUGCCUUUCGGCUUUCUUUCUUUUUUUGGCACUGGGAAUGUCAGCUGCAUCUGGAACCCGGCUCAAGAUCACCAAAAUUCACGCAACAAAACUUGCUUUAAUACUGUACUCGGGAUGGGUGCGGCUUAAACUUGAGGUCAAGCUUGAGGUUCAUUGUUUUCAGAUGAUUAGUAGUAGUAGACUCAGUGUUGGACAUAUAGUGGUACCUCAGGUUACAUACGCUUCAGGUGACAGACUCCGCUAACCCAGAAAUAGUGCUUCAGGUUAAGAACUUUGUUUCAGGAUGACAACAGAAAUCACACGGCAGCAGCGAGAGGCCCCAUUGGCUAAAGUGGUACCUCAGGCUAAGAACAGUUUCAGGUUAAGAAGGGACCUCUGGAAUGAAUUAAGUUCUUAACCCAAGGUACCACUGUAUAUAUAAGCACCCUCCAGGUGUUGCUAAAAUAUAACUAUUAUCCUAAUCUUGUGUUGCUUUCGGGUAAAUGUAAUCAAUUGCCACUUUAUACCAGGAGUGCUUACCCUGUUUCCCUUCAGGUCUUGGCUUCCCAAUUUCUGUUGCUUGUCAGAGGUUAUGGGAGUUUUAGCCUUCAACAUCUGGAGGGGCAUAUACUAGGUACCCCUGCUUAAAACAUUGAUGUCACGGUGUAAUAAAUGAUGCUGUUGCAGCUGUCCUGUAUGUGGGCAUUGUUGUAGCUGCCCCGUACAGAUGGUGUAACCUUGACAUUCUAAUAUGGAGCAGCCUGUGAAAUUGUGAUCACAAGCUUUUGCCUGCUAGUUGCCUGUGUGAUGGACAGCUGCUCUAAACCUGUCAUUCAAGCUGGUCUUCUGGUCGUACUUACCAUAAGGCAUUUUGAAAUUUUAAUUGGUGGUAGCUAUUGUUGAAACAAGCUGUACAACCUUGUCCGUAACACCCCCCCCCCCUUUAAAACCCUGUAGACAAAUUAAGAAGAAGAAAACUCAGUGCCUGCAUGAGCAAGAAAUUCCUUUUCGGUUGCGGGAAAUAAUGAGGAGCCGUGAUGAAUUAAAGAACCCCAAGAGCAAGAAGAAAAAGAAAAAGGGUAAAAAAGCAGUCUUCAUGUUUUUCCAACAUACACUAUGGACCCAAUUCUGAUAGCUCAGUUGGUUAGAGCAUGGUUCUCAUAACACCAAGGUUGCAGGUUCGAUCCCCAUAUGGGACAGCUGCAUAUUUGUGCAUUGCAGGGGGUUGGACUAGAUCAGGCAUCCCCAACCUUCAGCCCUCCAGAAGUUUUGGACUACAAUUCACAUCAUUCCUGACCACUGGUCCUGUUAGCUAGGGAUCAUGGGAGUUGUAGGCCAAAACAUCUGGAGGGCUGCAGGUUGGGAAUGCCUGGACUAGGUGAUCCUCAGGGUCCCUUCCAACUCUACAAUUCUAGGAUUACUGUCUCUUUACCAUAAUAGCACAAUACGUCCCUCUGCAACUUUGAGUUCAUUAAGCUUUGGCAUGGGGAAUUGAUCAGUCAGUAACAGCAUAACUGUUCUGGAUUUGCUUUCGUGAAAACUGGGUGUAAAUUUAUUAAGGAAAUAAAUAACUCAUUGCCAAUCCAUUUGUCUUUUGGCAACAACAUCCGUUGCCUGCUUAUGACAGAGGGCCAGCCGCUAUCUGCUCUAAGGAGUUCUGUAAUAAUAAACACAAUCAAUGCAAAAAACACAUGCUAUAUUGGGAAGUUAAUGGAUUCCAAUGUAAUUUGAUCCUAUAUUCAGUUGCGGAGCCAGUCCUCCUAGCUAGCACCAGGACUGUGACAUUUUGGGGGUGGGGAAAUCUAGGGUGGUUGGACAUGGUGUGACACCCAUUUAUGCCCCACAGAAGUAUGUUAGACUGCUCUAGCUUGGACCACUGUCAAAUAGACAUUGUGCUUGUCUAUUUUUGUUUUGCAGAGGGCCAGGGAAAUAAAGGUUUUUUUGUCUUCAUCUUGCUUUAUUUCUCUGGGUGCUGUUGGGCACAGUAAGACUGUAAUAGUUUGUGUUUUCAUCUCAGAGAAGCAACCAGGUCAUAUACUGGAGGGUGACAUACCUGUGCCAAAAUUCAAGCGGCGAAAAGGAGAGGGAGAUUCUACCUACAUCGGGCGCAUUGAGCGGGAAACUCAGCAUGUGAUGUUCCUUACCAAAUACCAGCUGCAGCGUGAACCUGAAAAAGAAGAGCCAGUCCCAGAAAAGUCCCAGAGGAAGAAAGAGUAAGCUUAAUCCCUUAGGUAAAGGGACCCCUGACCAUUAGGUGCAGUCGUAGACUCGGGUUGCAGCGCUCAUCUCACUUUAUGGGCCAAGGGAGCCGGCGUACAGCUUCCGGGUCAUGUGGUCAGCAUGACUAAGCCACUUCUGGCGAACCAGAGCAGCGCACGGAAACGCUGUUUACCUUCCCACCGGAGUGGUACCUAUUUAUCUACUUGCAAUUUGACGUGUUUUCAAACUGCUAGGUUGGCAGGAGCAGGGACCGAGCAACGGGAGCUCACCCCGUCGCGGGGAUUCGAACCGCCAACCUUCUGAUCGGCAAGCCCUAGGCUCUGUGGUUUAACCCACAGUGCCACCCACGUCCUUAGUUUGCAGCUAAUGUUGGAAACUCAGAUAUAUAAGCUAGGUGCCAAAUGGCUCCUUAAACCAAGCUUACUGUCAUCAAAAUGAAAUGUCUCAUUGCCAUUUUGGGGCAAGAUGGCUCUAAAGUCUUAUUUUUCAAAUGAUGGGCUGACUGUGAUUGAUUCUCAGUUAAACAUCUGGCUAGUUCAGAUGACAACCUUGAGCUAGGGUGAGAACUUUGCAAACUUAAGGAAGAAAAGUCACUUGAUCCAGGGACAGCCCACAUAGAUACUGGCCUAUUCCUACCUCUUUUUCUUAAUGGUGACACAGACUAUUCAUACCGUAAGAAUAUUCUUCACAACUGUGAGCAAGGCAGUGGGGUGGGGUAAGUGAAGACAAGCUGCAACAACAAACUGUUAACGUUCUUCACCGCUCCUGCUCAGGCAGCACAGAGAAAGCAUUUUGGUUCCUGAAAUUCAUUCCAAUUGUGCACAUAAAAUAUAACUGAUAGAAUUCUAUGGGAUGUGGUAUUAGUGUGUGCAAACAGUUCAGAUCCAAGGAUCCCCAGGCAUGCACCUCCAGGUGGUGGAGAUGUCAGGCACCAUCCUGGCACCCAGACAUCUUCAUUUGGCCGCAGGUGGCCAAUAGCCAGGUACACAAUGCCUUUUAUUGACACAGUAUCUUUGUAGCCCUCUUUGCUCUGAUUGGGGCUCUGAAUUGUAUUCCCUUCAUCCUCCGUUGAAAUUCAUGUGUACAGCUCCUGUUGCGUCCUUUCUUCAACAAAACUUGCUUUCUAGUUUUCAGAAGAAGAAACUGGAUAAAAUCCGUAGGAAGAAAGAGGAGAAAAAAGCAGCAUUGCUGGAGAAAGACUUUCUCAAAGGUAGGGGAAGUAUUUUUCAAUGUAUGACUCUUCGGCUUUCUUCAGAGUUCCAGAACACCCCAAAUCUCUGCUACAGAAUUCCAAGGAUUUGAAAACCACCACAUCUUUCUUGAUGUUUCCUGCAUGUAUAUUUUUUCCCCCAAUGGGUGCUUUGAGUGUGCAUUUAUUUUUGUGGUGGUAGUUCUAUCUGGAUAUUGAGAAUUUCAUACUGAGGAGAAGGAUUGUGGUGUUGACUUAUGUUACAACAGGAUACACAAUUGCUUUGGAUUAUGGGAUUUGUCUGGAUCAUCAUAAGGCUGUAGUCUACUCAGUUCAACUCAAAUAGUAUCUUUCUUUCUUUGUACUUUAUAAAACAAAAACUUGCAGUUUGUGCGGGAACAGAAAGUUGAUUUAGCAUAUCACUGUUUAUAGUGAUAUGUUAAAUCAUUUGCAUAUUAUUUAUUAUCCCGCUCUUCUGGUGCAAAAUCCCCACUCAGGGCAGCUUAAAAACACCUAACAUUCCAUAUAUAUAUAUACACACACACAUGCACACAUACACAUACAUACACACACACACAGCCAAGCAGGAUUGGAAAAUGAAUGCACCCUUAAGCUACAUGCCAUCUGCUGUAGCAUCCAGCCAUGGAGAGCUGGUGUUAGGAGUUUUUAGCAUUUCAAACACUUUCAUCAAUUGAACCACCAGUCUCUCUGUCAGUUGUUGUUGUUACUCAUUAGUCGCUUUCUUAAACAAAUGUAAUAACAACAAAUAAAUAAAUAACACAUGGAGUAAAAUCAACAUAAAGCUGUGUCAGGGGUUCAGGGACAGAGGCACAGGGUAGGGAGGAGAUGGAGAGCGAUGGGGAUGAAUCCCAGGACAGCGAGGAAGAGGAUGACAAUGACUCAAGAGAUUCCAUGAGUCUUUCCAGCGAAUCAGAGGAUUCCCAGAAGGGGGCGCCAGUGGUCAAGGCCAGGGGAGCCCCAGGGGGGACGUGUCAGGAACAGGGGGCCAGCGGGGGAUCCCAAAGUGGCAGCUGGGCGUCAGGACCAGCCUCCCCACCAGAGUGCAGCGAAGGGGGUGGAGUUUCCAGUGUAUCAGGGGAAGCAGCUCCGGCAGCAGAGAAGGGAGGGAGGUCGGAGCAAGCCACCCUCCCGGAAGGGGAGGGGAGUAGUGAAGGGAGUAGUGUAACUGUCAAAAGGAAAGUUAGAGGUUGGGCGCGCGCGCUGGUUCAAAUGUAGAGGCGCGCGGAAGUACAGGGAGCCCGGAGGAAGGGCCAGGUCCUAAAGCCCGCAGGAGGGGGGAAGAGCAGUCGGGGGAUAGCGCGUCAGGGGAAUCCAGGAGGGGCGAAACCCCAGUGGGCAGGAAGACCCUGAGGAAAAGGAAAGAGAGAAAGAGGUGGAGCAGCGCAAGGCUCUUAAACUGGUGCAGGGGAGGGACUGACUCAGAGGGAACUUCAACGGUCUAAGCGUACGGACGUGGGGCUGCGCGCCUCGGAUAUGAAGCAAACAAUGAACUGCAAUAAACACUUUUGAAUAUAAGAAGAGAUUGGCGUUGGUCUUUUGUGAGCUGAGACCUGAGGCAGCCCUGACAAGCUGAAACAGAAUAAAAACGGAAACUUUUUCGUAUUUUUACGACAUCCCAAACACUGAAGAAACCAGAUAAUUAAAAGCCAAAGCCUGGUGGUCUUUGCUAUCAAGCAAAUCUAUUGUCAAGAGGAAGCUUGGUUCCAGCUCCACUUCCAAAGUUUGGACACCUGCUUUUUAGGGCACACCUUUAUGUCCAAAGCAACAAAUUCCCAGCUGAAAUAUAUAAAAGUGUAAUUGCAUUGUGCUGAAUUUUGUAAUAGGGACAGGUACAUUUGAAUGGGAGCUGAACCAUAGUCUCUGUUGCUGUGUACUGUGGUGAUUAACGUACAGGACGGAAAGCCACUUGUUCUUUGCUGUGACAUGACAAAUUGGAGUGGCUGUGUUGGCCUCUAGACUGGACUUCAGGCUGCUAAAUGGGAUAUUACGGGAGGAGAAUAUAUCUAUUUUAGUGCUAUCUCCAUCUCAGUUCAGUCCCUUGGAGCUUACCUCUUUGCCAUUCCUUUCAGACUCGGUGAAGUUUGGUGAGGUUGCUGAACAGCCCCCAACAAUUACAGCGAAACCUAGAAAGAGUGUUGUCAAAGACAAGGUAAGUUAUGUAGCUGCAUGAAAUUCUAUCUCUGUCUUCUAACUUUGCCAGUGACCCUGCUACCUAUACAGGAAGUAAUUUUACACGAUCGGUAGCAAAGCUUGGGAUGAACACCGACUUGGUGUUAGCAAUACUAUUAUCAAACUAGCUGUAUCAGAGAUUCGGGUGUUUCAGGGUUUGUUUGUUUUCUGUAAGCUGGUUCAGUGUUCAUGAUCAUACUCAAUCUAUAACCUCUUUCCUCUGUGUGCUUCUUUAACUUGAACCAAUCUCUCUUACAUUCCAGGCCGGCAAGAAGGAGCUUCUGCUGACAUCUUUCUUGGGCUCCAGUGGGACACCCUCUACUCCAAAAGUGUUCCACACAUCCCUUGCUCGCCAGAGGAUCAUGCAGGAAGAAAGAGAAAGGGUUGUCCAAGCUUACCGGGACAUAAAGAAACGCAAGCAGCAGCAAAUGGCUGAAAGUCAGCUUGCUAUUGACAAACUAAAGAAGCCUGUCUGAGAUGUCAGAGUGCUUCCACUGUGCCAGAAAACAGGAAGAAACAUUUUAAUACAAGGACAGAGCAGCAGCCAAGAUGGCGGUGUAUUUAAACGAUCCUCUUUUUGGAUGACCACAUCAAGCCAUCUGGACCAGCAAGAUUGACUGGUGUUGUACACAUUGGGCAAUAUGGCGGUCGUCUGCUACUUCCAGAAGCAGAGCGAAGUGUAUACAGUGGAAUUUUUCUAGACUUAACCUUGGAACUUCAUGCCUAGUGAUCUUAGCAACUUGGGGGUUCUGUAAUCUUUUCUUAAUUUUCCUCUGGGAUUCAGAGUAGAAGGACUAGUAUGGGAAUGGUCUCGGAGGCAAUUACACCGAAUAAAUAUAUUUAUAUUAUCCACCGAUGCAGCCAUUUGGCAGAGGAAUGCGGAAUGAAAAUAGCACCCUGAAAAUAACAACAAAGCAAAAUGGUCUCAUUUGAUUUUGAAGGUUAUGAAAGGCCCAGUGCCCAGUUAUUCCCCCUCUUUCAGUAUCAGCUGCAAGUUCUGUUUUUUGCUGCUUACUGUCCAGCGCAACUCUGCAUCCAUAUAUUCCCCAACAAAGUUGGAGAAACACAUUUCGCUCCCACUCUCAAUGCACUGGCACAAAGAUAAAUAAGAAGAACGAGGAUUGCCAAGCAAAGCUAUUUAGGGUUUAAGAUACAUUUCUUCCCAGCUUGGUCUUCCUCUUGUGGCUGGAAGGUGGUCAGAAAUUGUUCUUCUGUUUAAUAUUACACUGGUAAUAUGCACAUUUUUCCUAUCUACUUCUCUGGCGUUUAUCUUCCCGCUGGAGCGGUACCUAUUUAUCUAUUUGCACUUUGACGUGCUUUCGAACUGCUAGGUUGGCAGGAGCAGGGACCGAGCAACGGGAGCUCACCCCGUCACAGGGAUUCGAACCGCUGACCACCUGAUCGGCAAGUCCUAGGCUCUGUGGUUUAACCCACAGCGCCACCCGCGUCCCAGUACAUGGGUAUAUGAGUCUAAAAAGCCUGGGACACAGAUUUUCACAGCCAUCUAGCGGCUAUGGUGGCUCAUUUACCAGAAGCAAUGUAUUUAGCGUUAACUCUGGAAGUGUAUACAGUGGUACCUGGGUUCCCGAACGGCUUGGCUCCCGAAAGCCGCAAUUGUUCCGGUUUGUGGUGAACGUUUUUCGGAAGCCGAGUGUCCAAUGCGGCUUCUGUGGCUUCUGAUUGAGUGCAGGAAGCUUCUGCAGCCGAUCGGAAGCCGCACUUUGGUUAUUGAAUGGUUUCGGGAGUCGAACGGACUCCCGGAACAGAUUAAGUUCUAGAACCAAGGUACCACUGUAUUCAACGCAAGCUCAACAAGCUUUCUAAAAACACGCUCAAAACAUUGGUAUAUCACUGCCAGUUUUUUAUAGUGGGAGUAGAUCUCUGUCUCUUAAAAGUUGGACAUGCCUGUACUAUCUGAAAGCCAAGGAGCAUGUGAGUUGCCAGCUUUGAAAUAUCUUGGGAUUAUUUUUAGCUGUCCUACUCCACUACCAGAUCUGUUGCCUCUUCUCUCCCCGCAGCUAGGAGGCAUUGCUGUGUCUCUUCUCUGCUGUCCUGUUCUAGUCGCAAAGAGAGUUAUUUUCCCUGCAGUGGGAUGAGGCUUCAGAGCAGAUAGUGCUCCCUUGUGACUCCCAUCCAGUAUUGGGAUGGAAGUCUCCCAGGAAUGGGUUUACCGUCACAGAGUGAAUUUGAAGGUGCCUUACUGUGGCAGCCUAUUCAGGGUGGAACAGAAAGCAAGUCUGCUUUGCAAUAUUUUAACUGCCCACCAUCAAAAGUUUCCAAAACCCCCCAAAAUAUCAAACUUUUUUUUUUAAAAAAAAUGGGAUAAAUCAAAGUAGGCAAGAUCUAAAAUGCCUGGGCAAAUAGGAAGGUUGUUACUUGGCACUAGAGAUCCGACAGUCAGUACCUGGUAUACCUCUCUUUGAGGAAGGCAUUUCAAAACCGGGACGCCAUUACGGAAAAGGCUAAAAUACUUAAUUCCAUCCUGGAAUGUGGGGCUGGUGAAGCUAAGAGGGGGGAAAGACCUAUGUCAUUUCUCUCUUCUCUCCCCUGCUCCCCCCCCAAAAAAAAUAUUCUUCAAGGCUUCUAGCUUCUUCAGUCACUCACAAGAGUUAAUUGAAAACAGGAGCAAUUUACUUCCUCCUAACAAGAUUUGCAUUAAAACAGCAACAACCCAGUGGGAUGUCCUAGUGGGAUGUCCCCAUAAGUGCAAACAAAGGAGGUUGGGAAAGAGUGGCAGCGGCGUCUUAAAAUGUCUAGCACGGGUCUUGUCAGUAGGUGGCAGGAUGUGCCCAUAAGCAACAGGGAAUCCUCUCUUGUCUUUUUAUACUAAUAUAGUGUGGUACAAGUAGCAUCCUGUGGGCUGGGAAGAAGGAGACCUCUUCUUGUCACAGCCAAACGGCAGGAAACAACAUCCUUGAUUUAUCAGUAGUGAGGGAUGUUCCCACAGCUUCUCUUUGCAUCACCUGCAGCCUCCAUGCAGAAUUGGGCUGUAGUUGCUGGUUUGAACCUUUAUGUUCACUGUCUGUGUUCUGGCUGAAUCUAAGGGGUUACAAUCUGUAAUACAGCUAUUUAUUACACUGUGGUGCUGGUUUAGGCUCUAAGAGUAUGGUAAUUUUCUCACAAAGCACCUGAUCUACAUCCGCCACCACUUUUAGCUACCUGUUGCUUGAAUCAUUUUUAUUUUUUUAAGUAUAUCUUUAUGGAUUUAAAAUAAAUACAUUUAUGGGAAAACAGACAAACAAACAAAUAAACAUACAAUCAAAUAAUGAAGAAGUCAAACAAACAACCACAAUAUAAGAAACAACAAAAUUAGUAUAACUAACAUCAUUUAUACUCCCGAUACUGAAAUCAGUUAUAAAACUUAUAAAGAAGGAAAUUAAAAAUAACUUCCAAUUAAUCUCACUGUACUUUAUCAAUUACCUUAUACCGCACAGUUGCAUAUUUCUUAUAUAGUCUCUUUUCAUCUCCCUACUAACCUAUAUUUAUACAAUACAAGGAUCAGUCUAGUUCUGCCAAAUUGUUGCUUGAAUCAUUUUGUUUUACUAGCUUUUUACAGCUUAUCCCUUGGCUUCUAAAACUCUGGAUACAACCAGACUGCUGGGAAUGUUACAGUUGCAUGUCCUAUACAGUCGUACUCAAACAGAUGAACACCUUGAGUUUGUUGUGCCUAUCACUUUUGCUUGAAAGACAAGUCCUGCACUGACUUCACUGGGAAUUGCUAGAGAGAAAGUGUGCAAAAAGAGCAUUCAGGAUUGCAGUUCUGUUGGAAGAUGUCACACAAUGUUUAGAGCUGAGUGCAUUGAACUGCAAGGUUGUUGUUGUUGUUUAGUCGGUUAGUCAUGUCCGACUCUUCGUGACCCCAUGGACCAGAUCACGCCAGGCACUCCUGUCUUCCACUGCCUCCUGCAGUUUGGUCAAACUCAUGCUGGUAGCUUCGAGAACACUGUCCAGCCAUCUCGUUCUCUGUCGUCCCCUUCUCCUUGUGCCCUCCAUCUUUCCCAACAUCAGGGUCUUUUCCAGGGAGUCUUCUCAUGAGGUGGCCAAAGUAUUGGAGCCUCAGCUUCAGGAUCUGUCCUUCCAGUGAACACUCAGGGCUGAUUUCCUUAAGAAUGGAGAGGUUUGAUCUUCUUGCAGUUCAUGGGACUCUCAAGAGUCUCCUCCAGCACCAUAAUUCAAAAGCAUUAAUUCUUCGGCGAUCAGCCUUCUUUAUGGUCCAGCUCUCACUUCCAUACAUCACUACUGGGAAAACCAUAGCUUUAACUAUACGGACCUUUGUUGGCAAGGUGAUGUCUCUGCUUUUUAAGAUGCUGUCUAGGUUUGUCAUUGCUUUUCGCCCAAGAAGCAGGUGUCUUUUAAUUUCGUGACUGCUGUCACCAUUUGCAGUGAUCAUGGAGCCCAAGAAAGUAAAAUCUCUCACUGCCUCUAUUUCUGCAAGGUACGUGCUGCCUUAAAAACACAAGAAUGGGUGCUCAGUUUGUCCCAAAGUAUUGCAAGGUCCAGAACUGCUAAGACUGUGCUUUUGGGUGGGCCACGAUAGUAAAAUAUAUUGGCAAGCUUUUGAUUCAAAGAGAUGCUAUGCAGUCUUGAGGUCUGCUGUGCAGCAACUUUUGAGGAGCACCAUGUUGACUUUCCCCAUCCUACACAUACACAGGACACCAUCAAGGACGGUGUCCCAAGCAUGGUGUUUGGGGGGUCAGUCCUAUUGCUGCAGUUAUUUACGUUCAGUUAUCCCACAAAGGAGGAAUGGAAAGGUAAACUGUCCCCAGAAGAAAGAAAAAUGAUCAGAAGCAUGUUCUGAAGCUGCUGGGGAUGGGACAGAUGUCGCUGGUUCAAACUACUUGGCUGAGAUUUCAUUAAAACCAGUUUGAGCCUGAUUGCACAAACGAUGACAUUGUGGGUGUGCUGUCCUCAAUUAAGAGGACUUGUAAACAGCUUCUCGGAUGUACAGCCCGCCUUUUCCUCUAUGGCCUUACCUAAUUCCUGUUGCACAAUGACAGGAUGCCCCAGGGGAGAGCUCUCUAGAUUUUAGCAGUAUUGCAUUCAUGUGGGGGCACCAGCUCUAUGUAUUUGGAACAUUUUUAUUAAAGUCAAAAGUAGCUGUGUUAGCCCAUAAGAAGAAGAAGAAAACUCUCAUCUUGCUUGCUUUCUAAUUUUUUUUUUAAAAAAAUCUGUAUUGCAUUUAAAAAAAAUUUACAGAGAAAGCAUAAAUUAAAGAUUACAUCCAUAUAUUCC